AUGUCUUCCACUCAGGGUAUGCGAUAUCUUAUCUGGACCGCUUGCUACAUUGUGAUGUCGAACGCGUCUCGGGUGCACCCGGACUUGGACAGCAGUGGCAAGCGCCCCGACUCCCUGGAGACCGGGUCGUCGGCCCAGACCGCGGACCUGCCAGGCCCAGCGGCGCUGCUCGGGCUGCGCGUGCGGGGCGGGCUCGGGUUGCGCAGGCUGCUCGGGCUGCGCACCAGCCAGGGCUCCGAGGUGUGGGCAUCCGUGGUGGUCCUGUUGGUAUUCUGCUUCUGCUGCUGCUGCUGCGCGGCCACGCAGAGGUUCGAGGAGGACAGGGCGGGCCGCCUGCGCACUGGGGCUCUGGGCUCCAGCACGGCCCGCGGCACCAAGGACUCCGGGCAGAGCGUCGGCAGCUCUGCGGUGCACCCCGAGCGCGCCCCACUCACGCCGUCGAUGAGCUCCGGCGAGCGCGCAGGCGGCACGGCGCUGUUCGGCCGAUGCUCUUCGAGCACACCGAGUUCUAUGCUGAGUGGCGUCGGCAUCACUGGGUUGCCCUUGGCGGAGAGGUCGCAGGGCUCAAGUUCCGAGCAGCCGCGCCAGCAGGGCGCGUUGGCUCGGUGCAAGACCGCUACCAGCAAGAUCGCGGACAUCUCCAUGAGCAUUACGGGCAAGGAUGGCAGUUUCGACUGGGCCGCAAAGCAGAAGGAUGACAUUCAGCCUGCAGUUUCUGGCGAGGAGGCGCAGGGGAAACUGCACUCCAACUUUCUUGUGAUCGAGAAGAUGGUUGCCGCGUGGGAGGUCCAGGAGCGCGCGGCCGAGUCCAAGGAUGACUUGGUUUCCUUGCGCAGCUCGAGCGUAUCCAGCUUGCUGGUGCCACCUAGCAGACACCUUUCCGCCACGUAUGCCUAG